AUGGCGAAGGAGAGCGAUGUCUCGCUAUUUAAUGAUGUGUUAGAGCCGUUUAGGCGCGUUAUUAACACUGAGCCACCGAAAGAUAGACUAUCCAUGUCUGCAAAGUUUAAUUUUACAGAAAGCAAUAAUACUUCACCUAAAAGUGACUUGUCUAACUUAGUGAAUUUGGGAAAACGAAAACCAAGCUUUGGUGGAGACGUAGAAACUCCCGGAAAAAGACUUCGUACUGACUCAACGAGCAGUGUUCCACCAUCACCAUGGGAAGCGAAAAGAUUAAAAAUAGAUUUGAUUGGCGCAAAGGCUCAAAUUGCAAAAUUAGAAGCAAGAAUUAACCACCAACAUGCAAUUCGUAAGGAAAUGCAAAUAUUAUUUGAAGAAGAGAAGGCAUCAUUGGUGGAACAACAUAAAAGAGAUGAACGAAUGGUGUCCGAUAUGGAAGAUAGGCUACAGCUGAUCAGGAAGAGAGAGCAAGACUUGCGGGAAGAAUUUAGUGAGUCUAUGAAGGAGUUCAAGGACACAAAAUUUAAAUGGGAAAAAGAAAAGAUGGAGCUUCAAAAACAAAAUUCUGAAUUGAAGGAUCAAUUACUUCAAGCUAAUGUAAGCUGCAAGGAUCAAAUAUCUGAGAUGCAAAAGGAUAUGAAUGAAUUAUUAGCGGCAUUGGAAGAUGCUCAAGAGGAGAGCGAGUUACUUAGAGGCGAAGUGGAAAAAUUAAAAGCAAAAGCCGAUCAGUGCACAGCUCUUAAGUCUCAACUUGAGAAACAAAGUUUUGAACUUCAGCAAGUCUCAAGCAAAUUAAAGGAAAUAGAAUAUGAAAGAGACUCUUACAAAGAUUGGCAGAUACAAACUAAGACUGCCCAAAAGCGGCUAGUCAACAUGGCAGAGUUAGAAAAAGAAGUUGCAAGGUUGCGCGCGAACGAGCGGACUCUACGUGACGCGAUUUGUAAUAAACUGUUGUUGGAAGAACAGGUUCACAUCCUGACAGGGAAGGUGGAAGCCUUGCAGCCUGUACAACAGGAGCUACACGAGGCUAAGGUUAAAAUUGCGUCCCUCGAGGCAAAUUUGGAGGAAUGGCGCAGCGCUGCGCGCGGGCAUGGCGUGGAAUCGGCUCGUGCACUUUCGUCUGCUCUGGAGAACGCACUCAGCGGCCAACUUACAGCUGUAGAGACUUCUACGCAGGCAGAGUCACAGUUGGCACAAAUAAACGAGGAACUAGCAACGGUUAAGUUUGAGCGCGAUAAGGCAACCGCAAAGCUGAACGAUUUGCAAACCGUGAGAAAGAAUCAGGAGAGCCUUAUCCACAGACUGCAGAAACGUUUGUUGAUCGUGACGAGAGAAAGAGAUAGCUACAGGCAACAGCUGGACAGCUAUGAAAAGGAACUCACUAUGACGCUGAGCGGAGACACCGGUGCUGGUAGCGCGGCACUCUUGUCCGCGAGAGUUGAACAACUCGAGAAAUCAUUGCAGGGUUACAGAGAUCUGCUGGCUUCACACGAUCAGGACGGACAAGCUAAAGCACUGGAGAACGCAAGAGCAGAGGCAAGUAAGUAUCGUGAGGAGGCUGAAGCGGCCAAGCGUGAGGUGAGCAAGCUGCGCGCGCAGAGGGACCAGUUGCACGCGCAUCUCGAUAAGCUUGCAGCACCUACAAAGGUGCUGCAUUUGGCUGACAACCCGGCAGCUGCUGCUUCAAAGCAAAUGCAAGUAGAUCUAGAAUCAGCACAAGAAGAGAUAAAAAAGCUGAAAGCGGCGCUACGCGAAGGUGGUUCACGAGCAUGUCCAGAAGAAAUUCAAGAGUUGAAGCAGAAGUUAGAAAAUAGUAGAAUUAAGCUUCAACGAAUGAAAGAAGAAUUUACCGCGUCUGCGCAAGAGUACAGAGAUGUUUGUUACAUGCUGCUCGGUUACAAAAUAGAUAGGACUGUACAUAAGAAUUACAGAAUUACUAACAUGUACGCAGAGUCUUCCGACGAAUACCUCACGUUCACGCUGUGCGACGACGGUAUAGAAAUGGUGCACACAGACUACUCCGCGUCGCUGGGGGACCUGGUGGAAGUACAUUUACACCAGCACCGUUCUAUACCGCUGUUCCUCAGUGCUCUGACCAUGGAAUUAUUUACGAGGACGACGAUGCAACAAGAAGUGCAAGAAUGCUAG